AGUGACAACAAUAUUUUAUUUUAUCAAUUUGCUAAUGAAAAUAGAGAAAGAAAGUGAAUGAAGUUUGACCCUGUGAAUAGUGAACAUGCAUUAUAAUUUGGAACGGAGGGAGUAUUUUUUUUUUUGGGGAAAAGUGUAGCAAAGUGACCAAAAUACAAUUCAAGUUUGAGAAGAAAAGAUUGAUUUUGGGCCGAAGCCCAAACCCAUUAUUAAAUCAACAACAAAAUUGGCCCAAGACUCCAUCCUCCUCUUUUGUUUCACGCAAAAAAAAAGGGCCAUCUUCUUCAUUGCGCAAGAGGCGGACGACCAAAUCAAAGACGCACCAAUGUUCGCGACAAUUAAUCAUCCAACUGGAAGAAUUUCAACGGGACAUUUUCUUGCUAUAAAUUGAAGGCAAAUUGCACUAUUCCAAGGGGGGAAACACAAGACGAACAACGACGAGUGAGAGAGCCCCGGCGUUGUGGCCGACGUUCGACGAUGACCGGCGUGGCAGUAGCUCCGGGCAGAGGUUACGAGGUUCCUUCAAGCUCCAAUUCCUUCAAUUUCUUCAUCUUCUUCUUCAUAAAUUGGGUGGGCCGUAAAGUUGUCAGGAAGAUGCCUGGGUGGGUGCGCGGCGUCGAAUUUGCCGGAAGUGGCCGAAAUCUGCAAAUACCCCCCAGAAACCGCCGUGACGGGUCGCAAUUGAAUCCCAGCGAUUCCGGCGUCCAAAUCCCACGGUGCUGGUGGCGAUGGGGUCGUAUGGACCUCAGGAGGCGUUUGGGAGUGGUGGGGAAGCUCGCCGCUGCGUGUGGUGGCCGGAGCUGAUUGGGCAGCGGCAUGGACGACGGCUGUUGCGAUAUGAUGUUUCCCGGCAGCUUUUCUGGACGGUCAGCGAAUUUGCGAGCGGACGGUCAACGUUUGCGCCUCUGGAGUCACGACGAUUGGCCGAUUGCAGAUUAUGGGAAGCUAAUCUGCUAUUC